AUGACGGGGUUGCUCAACUUUGCAACUAUAUUGGCUGUCCGGCGCACCACAAAAGCAGCUAAGAGUAUGAGCGGUGAAUUGCAUGCAAAACGUUUGAUGGAGCUUAACUUAUUAAAACAGGCUAUAGCACAAGCUGCCGCAUUUGCAACGCAGAUUUUAUGCGUGGCUUUUCUGGUCGCAGUUUUCAAUAGCAAAUGGACGGUCCUCAUCAUUAUCACCUUCAACAAAGGCUUCCGAAAACUCAUUCGAAAACCAGCAAAGCCGCCAUCCACGGCGUUCCAAUCUGCAGCUUUCCAUACACGGCACACCACCACAUUUUGA